AGAGAGAGAGAGAGAGAGAGAAUGUAUCUAGCACAGUGAAUUAGCAAUGACCACAAAGAAAAAACAGGAUUGAAGACGAGAGAGGAGACUGAUGAACAUGGACAGUGAGUGCAGGAUGAAAAGAGAGAGGACAGGUCAAUCCGACAAGGAAAUAUAUUGAAUAUAGUUAUUUUGCAAGUUUGGACCUGCAAUGACACCCACGAUAUGCUCCAGGGGAACUUACUUCUGAUGUCUCCAUUGGUGAUUCUCCUGCUCUCCCUGAGAAGCUGGCAGAAGCCAUCUCCAGCAGGCACACCAGGGGGGCUGUAGAGACACCGUUGCCUCUCAUCUACAGAGACUCUCCCCAGCUGGACUCCUUUUGGACAACUUAUUUUCUUGAAGGAUCAGUUUAUAUUAUUACAUGGAAUCUACCUGUCUCUCCAGGUCACACACUGUCCAACUUCCUCUUUCCAGUCUACUAGGAGCAGAAGCCUUUCCUGGAUCUAACCCUCCAUGCUUUGGGGAAUGUCUCUAAGACAGAGAAGCUUCACCAGUAGUAUCAGCCUCAAUAUACUUAAAUACACUUACACUUAAAGAGCCUUAAAACCAUUUCAGCUAGACGUCCGUAUCACUGGGAGCCCCCAUCGCAGCUCUUGCCACAAGUAAGAGGGGCAGAGCCAGGAUUUGCCCCGCAAAGCAGACUGGAGAAAUGCUGAAGUCUAAUACGAAGGUCAGCACUCAAGAUGGAGUAGUGACCAACAACAGCAGUGGCAGUGCUAUGUCAUCUGAUGCUGCUGGCCGCUUUACAUUGUUCUUGGAAAGUUGUGUGCCUGUUGUGAAUUCCUUGAACUUCGGCCAUCCGCUACUUUUUGGCCCCGCAUCUUUGCAGUUGGCCCAAAUUAAGGCCCAGUUGGCUCUGCAACAGCUGAAUGCGCUUGCCACCGGUAACCACGCUGUGCCUGCAUUGUCCUUGUUGAACCUCCUCAAGGUCACCAUGUCCCACCCCUUGUACAAUCCCCGGGGGGCACCCUUCACUGGCCAGAGGCCCGUCGUGUCUGGCCAGUAUGGCAUCGGCUCACAGUCGGCCGUGGACAUUGGGGGUGCGCGCAUGGGUCCCAGCACCAUCAUAUCGUCACUAAUGUCCCAGCAGUUGGGAUUCCCGAUGACUCCGCACUCUACUCCUCUGUCUCAAGACAUGAAGUCUGCCAUAGACAUGCACAUUCGAGGAGCCCGGGAGGAGGUUCGCCUAUUUAACCAGAUGAUGCAGCAGCAAAAGAUUGUAGACCCUCGGAUAAGGAAAGAGACCAGGGAAGAGGUCCUUACCCAAGGCACUGGCUUUUCUUCACAGAGGGUCCCUGGCAGAUUGGAUGAACAGUCCACUGUGGACUGGUCCAUCUACCAGGCCCCCAGCAAGCUCUUCUCCCCACAAGUGGUGGCUCAGCCGUCACCCCCCACCCAAAUGUUUCAACCAUCUGGGUUUGGAGCCACCACCACAGGAGGGGGCAGAGGAAGCUUGGAGAGCCAGCCUUCUGUAGGGCCAACCCGCUAUACCUCAGAGAGCGCCAGCAGCAUCUUGGCCAGCUUUGGACUUUCAAAUGAAGAUUUGGAGCACCUCAGCCACUAUCCAGAUGAGCAACUCACCCCAGACAAUCUUCCUUUCAUUUUGCGUGACAUCAGACUCCAGAAGGCCAAAAGGAAUUUGACUGAUGUGGACCAUGCUCGAGCAAGUUCAGCCGAACAUAUAAGCACAGAAUCGCGGCAAAGCAAAGUAAUUGAUUAUGGACAUUCAAGCAAAUUUGGUUAUUCUGACGAGAACCCAGACAGUUUCCAGCUGGAUCAGCAUCGUAAAGAGUCUCCUGCAUAUGUUGUGGAGUCUUCGGUAAACAGCACCUCCUUUCCUAUGGUAGACUCCAAGCGUUCUCAGCCAAACACCAUAGUGGGUCCGAAGAAACCAGCGAUGGACCAGAGGAAGCAUUCAUCUGAUGCGAAGAAUAUCAAGGCAGCUGCUUCUAGAGACCCAGGUCCAAAAUCCAUGCCUGCCUCCAGCAGAUCGGCAGUACUGUCUCCAGCCCACAGUGGCAGAUCCAACUUGAUGAACUUCCCUGAAGGCAGCAGUGGCUCGAAGUCUGGCUAUGGGACAUCCAAAGGGCCUUGGCCCCUGUCAUUCCCUUCAAGCAACAGUACAAAGAGGCUGCCAACACCCACCAUGAUGAAUGAUUACUCGGCUGCAUCUCCGAGAAUCUUUCCUCAUACGUGUUCUCUGUGUAACAUAGAGUGUGUCCAAAUAAAGGACUGGAUUGAACAUCAGAACACCAGCAUCCAUAUUGAGAGCUGCAGACGUCUAAGGAAACAGUACCCGGACUGGAAUGUAGAGACUGUUUCUGUGUCAAGACAUGAUAGGAACACAUCCCUGGAUCGUCGAAGUCCAACACGACGAACUCGUUCUCCGUCUCGCUCCCAGUCGUGGUCUAGAUCACCAAGCCCUUGGCGCUACCAUGGCCGGUCUGGGUCGCGCAGCCGCAGACUGCGUUCCCGAUCCCGGUCCCGAAGCUCUCGGAAGUACCGCCGCUCCAGGAGUCGCAGCCGCUCACCCCGCCGUGCCCUGCGAAAUAGCCCCCAAGUCCACCGUCGAUCCCGCACUCCACGCCGCUCCCGCUCACGUAGCUACAGUCAUCCCUCCCGCCGGCUGAGCCCACAUCGAUCUAGCCCACGUCGGUCAACCCGAUCUUCCAGCACAGAGAAGCUUGCCAAGAAGCUCAUAGAAUCCUCAGGAUUGUCUGCAACUGACAAUGUCACCCUGGAGGCCAUGAUGCAGUCAUUGGCCCCGGCCCUCAUGGCGGAACUGGCCAAGAGAAAGAUCAGCAGCAAGAAGAGUUCAUCAUCAUCUUGGACAUCUAAAAAGACUGAAUCUUUGAAACACCGUACUGUGUCCAAGUCUAGCCACUCCUCAGCUGCCCGAAACACUUCUUCCAGUGAUGUGAAGUUAAGUGCGUCUCAAUCAAAGAAUGUCAGAGUAAAGAAGAAGGCCGGCCCCGGCACCGCCUGUUUACUCCGGCUGAAAGGAAUUCCAUUUAGCGCUAGCCACCAGGACCUUGUGGAUGCAGUGGAACCAUUUGGGAAGAUAAACCAUGCAAUUCUCAUGAAGUCCAUAAAGGAGGCAUCCGUGUGCAUGGAAAGGGAGGAAGAUGCCAAGGCUCUCGCUGAAUGCAGGAACUUGAAGAUCCGAGGCAGAGUCAUUGAGAUUUAUCUGGCAAAAGAUGUGGCAAAGGAACAGAAGAAAGCAGUCAUGAAGAAGAAGGAGAUGCCUGCAAGUAAAUCAUCCAGGGCAAAGGUACCCGCCAGAAACCUGGGUACCAGCGUGAUGAAAAAGCCAAUGAAAAAGCAGGAGGUGUCGAAGUUUGUGGUGGAGAUCUCCGGUCUGCCCGAGAGUGGAUGUACUGUGGAGGACCUUGCCAAAUUAGCCAGCCCCUUUGGGAUUGCCUCUGAGGUCACCAUUGCAGUUACCAAAAGAAAGGCCUUAUUGGGGCUGCCUGACAUGGAGGCCUUGGAAAAAAUGGUGAAGGCCUGCAAAGAUGCCCCUCCGAAGAUACAGGACCAUCAACUGACAGUUACUCCGGCAUCCAAGCCAGUAGAUCUCAGUAACGUGGAGUCCUUGUUCAAAGUAUUGAUGGAAAUGGAGAAUCCUGCUGAACUGGCUGGCCUUGCAGACAGGUUGCUUGUGGUCAGCAAUGUGCCUGUGGGCAGCAGUGGUACCAACGACGUCCAGGAGCUUGUCAAGCGUUUUGGUGCCGUGAAGCAGGCUCUGGUGCUUAACUACAGGAUCAUUUUUGAAAUGGAUUCGGGCUCUACAGCCCAGGCAGUUCACGCCCGUUUCCUGAAGUUCCCCUGUAUCAUCCAGAACAAUCCCCUAACUUUUUCUGUCAUCAUCAAGCCUGCAAAAAGCACGGAGGAGGUCAAAAAGAAGACUGAAGUUAAGCAGAGCUUUAAACCAGGAAUGAAACCCUAUGAUUCUUCGAAAAAAGGUUCUGCAUCCUCCAAAGCUACUUCUGGUAAAGCAAAGGCAGGUAAACCCCAUGCUAGCCCCUUUGGCACAGUUAAAGAUAUGCCUGUUUUUGCCCGGGGUACAGCUGCCAGCAGGGCGUCAGCAGCCACCUCCAAGACUGCUACUACUACUACCUUCUCUUCAGCUACUACAGCCAGUUCCGUGGCUAUUUGUACCUCUGGUACUGCAGAAGCUUCCGAGACAGAAGUUGCCCAGGGUCAAACUAGCGAGGUUCCGGCCAGCAGUGUCAGUAGUGUUGCAUUAGUGUCAAGCCUCAGCUGUUCUGAAACGGUGGCUGAGGUCGAAGCACCCCCUAUAACAACAGAGGAAUGGGUCUUUGAGAAAGAACCUCCAAUGGACAUUGAAAACCAGCAGACCGGCCUGUGUGAUUCUUUGAAGAACAGCACAGUAGUGUGUCAGACAGAGAAGGAUCAGCAGGAUCAGCCGAAGCCAAAGGAGCAAAGCGAGGAUGAGCUUAAUGGGGGCCCUGCUCCGUCUGUCCAUCAUCCUGACGAGUCUGUCAUCAUUGAGCCAGCAGAGGAUCAUACCAGUACUGUUAUGGUUGAUGAUUCCAAACAGAAUACCGAGGUAAACCAAGCUGAAACCACUGCAGCUGAACCUGUUCUGGCCAGUACCGAUCCACUGGUCUCCAGUACUGAUAGUCAGACAAUCAAACCAGAAUGUGACAUGAUCACUUGCUCGGUUCCAUCCGAUACAGUUGACCUUACAGGACUGGGAGCUUUCGACUCCCCGCGGUCCACAGCAGGGCCCUCAGGCACAGUUGACUUAGCCAGCAUCAGCAAUCUAUCCGUCCCUGAGCCCCAGCCCGACCUCGCUCAGCCGCAGCCCGACCUCGCUCAGCCGCAGCCCGACCUCGCUCAGCCGCAGCCCGACCUCGCUCAGCCGCAGCCCGACCUCGCUCAGCCGCAGCCCGACCUCGCUCAGCCGCAGCCCGACCUCGCUCAGCCGCAGCCCGACCUCGCUCAGCCGCAGCUUGAACGUCAGCCGUCCAUCCCUGUGCACCAGCCAUCCAUUCUUGAGCACCAGCCUGGAGCAGACAGCAUCCAGCCUGCUGCUGGCACAAAAACCCCAUCCCCUGACGGGCCGGACGACAAGUCAUUGGAUUUCCCUCCUGUGACGCCCGAGAUCCUACGGGCACUGGAGAAAGCGGUGCAGGAAUGCCGCAUGCGUGCCUCUCUGCAGGCCAAAAACAGUUGCAUGGCCUCCUCAGUUGACAAGAAGCCGCGGCCUCUGACAGAGAAGAGCCGUUGCAGUGAUUCUCCAGAGAAGGACCGACUCUCCAGGACCAAGAGUCGAGCACAGUCUGAUGAAGAGCAUCCUCCCAUAACAUGGAGGGGUGGUUCGUCUGGGUCAUCGUCAGGGUCACGGAAAAGCAAGCAUGAUGACAGCCCUGCCUCCAAGAGAGUGAAAGGGCGUGAGGACAGUAAGCACAAGAGUUAUAACACCCGCUCUUCAAAGACACAAGGCAACUCUAAAGCAGUAGAGUCGAAACCAAUAGAAGAACCAUCGCUGGACGACUUCAGUGAGGACACAUUUCCCUUUGACCUAGAUGAGUUUGUGACUGUAGAUGAGGUGGGAGAAGAAGUGGACAUGCCGUGGCCCCAGGACCAUUUCUUGCAUGACGUUCAGCCACCAACCAAGCGCAGGAGGUCCCAGGAACCAACCAAGGGACAGCAGUCACUAAAAAAGCCUUCUGCUAGUUCGACCCCCAGAAGCCAAGCCGAGAAAAAAGCUGCUGCCUCAGUUUCUAAGCCUCUCAAGAAGUCUGGCCAGUCUGCUAAAGCCAAACAAGGUAAAACAUCUGCAAAGUUGACAGGUCACAAAACAAGAACAGACUUCACAGCAGCUGCAGAUCAAGAUGCUUCCAUAGAAACUGUCAAGUUAGAGGUGGUGCCAGCAGACUCCACCCCUGAGCCUGUGCCUGUCAUAUUGGAGAGUGAGUCUGAGGUGGUGAGAAAAUAUUCCGCAGCAGUGGCAGAUAAGCAGGAAGAAUCAAAAGAGCCUGGACAAACAGUCUGCCCUCAAGAUGGAUCUUUCCCUUCUGCCGCCGUGGAAGAGGUCCUUCAGAUCCCCCUUACUGAGGAGCUUAAAGCAGAAGAUCGGCAGGCAGUCCAACCCACAGAGAAGUUUCAAGCAGAAUCAGAAGGUGAGGGAACAGAAGUGGCCCUGGUCACACUGGAUGAGGUAAGUGAGGAGGAGGAGGACUUCCCAGAGGAUGAAGAAGAGUUGCUGUGCCUGGCAGGCGCCGGGGAAGACCCAGAAGCACUGGUGACUGUAGAUGAGGUCGGUGGAGAUGAAGACCCUUUUCUGCAAGCAGUUCGGGACUUGCAGGCUCUAGUCACACUGGAUGAAAUAGUAGAGGAAGACGGGAACGAGGAACCCAGCAGCGAACGCUUCCCUUUUGGCCUAGAUGACGAGACUGGGGAGGCCUUCAACCCCGAGGUCAGUUCUGCUUGCCAAUGCCAGGCCCUAGUUACCCUGGAUGAGACGCAGGGUGAUGAUGAAAUGGAGGAAGAGGAAAGCAAGAAGAACACUGGAAAAACAACAACGCAGCUGUCCAGUGCUGCAGAACUUGGAGAAACUGAGUCCCCAGGAGCUGAGGAGCUGCGCAAGAUGAACUUUGUUACUGUUGAUGAAGUGGGUGAGGAGGAGGAGGAACUCCAAGGGGAGGAAGCAAAGAACUCUGUGAGGGUGCCCGAAGUCACUGACGUGAAGAAAGAGGGGUCCAAGGCGCUUGUGACCGAGCCUGCACCUUGCCCUGCCACUGCGCCCCCCUCUACUCAGACUGAGGAGCAUCCAGGUGGUCUGGCUCCUGCUUCCACACCAGAUGGGUCUGAUGUGCCUUCCAGCGAGUCCUUGGCCAAGGAGCAGAGAGAGAAACCCAGCUCGCUGACACAGGAGCUAGUGGAGAACCAGCAUGAGCCUCAGCAAGGAGGUGCAUUCAAAGUGGAGAACGAGGCCAGAGCUGAGCUGGUCACGGAGGAGCCUGCUAUGAAGAGGUCUCGCUCAGAUACUCUAUUCCUCAAAGACUCCAAGUUGCCCCCGUUCAGUCCAGACCAACCCAUUGGUCUGGAGUUUGUCGUCCCAAAGACUGGUUUCUUCUGCAAGCUCUGCUCAUUGUUCUAUGGCAACGAAGAGACUGCCAAGAAAACCCACUGCAGCAGUCUCAAGCACUAUCAGAAUGUAGAGAGGUACCUGUUGAAGCAGAAGAUUCAGCGAAGCAGAGGCCCCAGUCAAGAGUCUGUGCCACAAUGAGUUCCAGCUGUGCUAUUUGUUUUGGUUCAAGGGUCCAGUGUUAGUAUGAUGUAAAUCUUAAUUUCCUAAUUAAAUCCUCUGUUAAUUUGAGAGAGAGCUGAAAAUAUAUGUAAGUGUGUGUGUGUGUGUGUGUGUGUGUGUGUGUGUGUGUGUGUGUGUGUGUGUGUGUAUUUUCAGGCAUUUCUUUAUGCUAGUAUGUCUGCUUUCAGGUUAGAAAGAUGGGCCGUGACAUCGUAGUGGUCAGCAUGCUAUUUUUAUUUUCAUUGUAGACAUGGAUGUUUCCCUCUGCCCUUUAUUUUGCAAUUAUUUUUGCAUGCUUGUUUAACUGUCACUGCAGCCUCCAGUUUUGGUAGGGAAAGGCCCACUGCAGCCCUGAGAUUCAGGACUUCUGUGUCAGUGUUUAUAACUCAUGUCCUUAAUGCAGUUUUCCUGCAUCAGUGUCACAUGGCCUAAAUCUUCUUUAUUAAAUUUACUAGAGUUAUGCUGGCCUUCUGUUACCAUGGUUGACUUUUUUCGGUCACAGCAAUCUCCUCCCCAACAAACUGUAUUGUCACAUACAUGGAAGGUUUUACGUAGUUUGAUCAAUUUGCAGGUCAACAGAACAUUCAAAACAGCCAUUGGAAAGAGAGAACAUUGCAUAUUCUGUAAAUAAAGUAAAUAAUUCUCAAAUUA